AUGGAAGGUGCCAUUGAGCCCAACAGGCUGGUGGAGAUGGAGGGGAAACUUGACGCAGCAUCAUUUGUCGCAGAGGAUGUAAAGAGAGAGGUUUUUUCAGAACCUGAUGUUGCGAAGGAUGAUGGCUCGUCUGCCAGCGAGAGAGAUAUGGUUGAUCUUGAUGAUGGGACGGAAGAAUUAGGGACGGAGUCCUCCGACUUUCUUGUAUCAACUAGAAUUGAAGAUGUAUCGCCUGUCGAUGGCGAGGGCGAUUCGGGCAAUGAUGAUGGCUGGGAUGAGGAUUUUGACGGUGAAGUUGAUGACAAAAUGUCGAGUUCGCGAGAGGAAAAUGAAUUCGAAGGGCCAACGCUACUUUGUACGGGCAAUCGACCCGAACUUGAGGUGGUCGUUGAAAGGUGCAGCGUUGGCUCUGGCCCAGUACUAGGCAAGGUACGGAUUUGA